AUGCCUACCAGAUCAGAGAUCACAUAUUUUGGGGCGGGUCCUGCUCUUUUACCCACGGAGGUACUAGAGAAGGCGGCUCAGGCGCUUGUCGAUUAUCAAGGGACUGGGCUGGGCAUUGCGGAACACUCUCAUCGCUCCCAGAUUGCCACGGACAUCAUCAACAAUGCCAAGGCGGAUCUUGCUACCUUCCUGGACAUUCCCGACGACUAUGAGAUUUUAUUCAUGCAGGCGGGAGGCAGCGGAGAAUUCUCAGCAACAGUGUACAACCUCGUCGGCGCCUGGGUCACGCAGAAGAAGGCUGCCAUCCUAAAGGAAAAUGGUGUCGAGGAGAAGGAUGCCGAGCCAGAGAUGAUAGAGCGGGAGCUCAGGAAGGCUGUUGAGGAGCUGAAGCUCGACUACAUCGUCACCGGCACCUGGUCACUAAAGGCAUAUCAAGAAGCCCAGCGACUGCUCGGCAAGAAGCAUGUCAAUCUUGUGACUGAUGCUCGCACAAUCAACGACGGCAAGUUCGGCAAGAUCCCCGACGAGAGCACUUGGAACUUGUCCAAGAACGCAGCGAUGGUGUACUACUGUGACAAUGAGACGGUCGACGGCGUAGAAUUUCCCAAAUUCCCCACCAUCUUGGAGCCCUCAGCAAAUGGGGACGGCCCAAUCGUGGUGGCAGACAUGUCCUCAAACAUUCUGUCGAGGAAGUUUCCUGUCAAGAAUUACUCUCUCUUCUUCUUCGGCGCACAGAAGAACCUGGGGUCUACCGGAAUCACCGUCGCUGUCGUCAAGAAGAGUUUCUUGCCGCCUGUAACCCCACAGCCAUCAGCAGAUCUGCUGAGGAACUUGGGACUGCCGAUUGGCCCAAUUGUUCUUUCUUACGAGACCAUCGCCAAGAACAACAGCUUGUAUAACACCUUGAGCAUCUUUGAUGUUUACAUUGCUGGCCAAGUGCUCAAGAAAUCGCUUGCCACGUACCCUGACAAGGUGACUGGUCAGGAGGCAGUCUCAAACAAGAAGGCCCAGCUGAUUUACGCCGCGCUCGAGGCGCAUCCGGAUGCGUACAAGAUUGUCCCAGACAAAUCAGUUCGUUCAAGGAUGAACAUCUGCUUCCGUGUCACGAAGGGCGGCAAUGUUGACGAGGCGGAGAAGGCUUUCCUAAAACAAGGCACUGAGCAGGGCCUUACCGGCCUGAAGGGACAUCGUUCAGUCGGAGGUAUUCGAGCCAGUAAUUUUAACUCGAUACCCCUUACGGGUGCAGAGAAGCUGGUGUCGUUCAUUGAAUCCUUCGCAAAGGCAUAA